AAGAAAUGUGUUAGUCAAGACCACUCGUGCGUGUUCAAAUGUGUCUUGAACUUGGCCAUUAGAGAGGAACCAACAUGCCACCGUAAUCAUAAGGUUUUCUAUGGUAGAAGACAUCCUGUUUUAGAAUUCAAGUCAGUGUAUUCCUUUACAAAACUGUACCUUUAAAUCAAACUCGGUAUUUUAUUAAAGCAUUUAGUUUCGGUUUAAUUUCGACUAAACCACCAGUCACAUAAACGGAUCUUCGACAUAUAGACCCAGGUAAACCAAAUGGCGAUAUGUGAUGCCCUGAUGGACGCUGUAGAUUUGACUUCGUGUUCCAUAUGUCUGGAGAAGUUGAAGUCCCCACGACUGUUGCCGUGUUCUCAUUCUUUUUGUCAGCACUGUCUGUAUGCACAUAUUGUGUCAACAUGUGAAGAAAAAGAUGUUCCAUUGGGAUUUCCUUGUCCUCUCUGUCGAGAAUUUGUUCCGUUGCCAGGAAACCCGAAUGAAACAACACAAUGGGUAGAAAAGUUCCCCAUCAAUGACGUCCUGGUUCUAUUGAUGAAUGAGUCUUGGGACAUUAAAGUUUGUUGGCCCUGUAAAAGAGGAAACGAAGAGGAAGAAGCUACCGAAUUUUGUCUAACUUGUAAGGAGCCCUUAUGCAAAAUGUGCUCGAAGUGUCAUAGAAAAAGCUUAAUAAGUAUAAAUCACAAAAUGUGCUUACUAUCUGAAAUAGGAUCUUACAGUUUUGUCUCGGGGCAUACUAGUAACACUGAUUGUUGUGAAAAACACAAAGGAAAACAAAUUGAAUUGUAUUGUUAUAACCACAAGACCCCAUGUUGUACUCUUUGUUUUACAGAGGAUCACAAAUCUUGUUCGAAUAUAUUAGCAGUCGAAAAAGUUGCAAAGAAUUUUCAGAAGUUAGGUCAAAUGAAAUCAUUAGAGCAAGAAAUUGAGAAAAUGAAAGUAGAUUUAGAGAUUACAAAACAGUCGCAGAAAGACAAUCUCGGAGCGCUAGAGGAUGAUUCUGAUAUGUUUACCAAAGAAGCAGAACAACUUCAUCAAAAGGUUUUAUCACACGUCAACAAAUUAUUUAACGAACACUUUACAGAAAUAGCAAAGAACACAAAGGAAGCAAAACGAAAGUUGGAGAAAAACACAAUCGCAAUCUCUGACCGCCUUGAUUUUCUACAAUACUUGCUAAGGCUGUUAAAGUCUGUAAAUGGGACGUUAGACUCCGAAGAGACUAGACUAAAUUAUAUAUCGACUUUACAUAAAGUGAAAGAGAAUCUGGCAAAACUAUCGCAAUAUCCUUUGAGUAAGUUUAAAGUCACUAUAAAAUCAGAAAUUCACAGCAGUUUUAAAAAGACAUUGGAAUUCACUAAAAUUGCAAACAUAUCUGUGACUGAACAUUCUAGACCUCUGUCAAAAAAAGUAGAUAUUAUAAAGGCAGAAUUCUCAUUUCUAUGGAAACACCAAAAUGUUAAGGCUAGAUUGAGGGGGUGUACAGUGUUGUCAUCAGGAAAUUUGUUGUGUGUGGAUAACAUGAGCUCGAAUUGCAUGCUCUUUACUGUGGAGAACCAGGUUAUUGGUCAGCCUACUUCAGCAUUUCAAGUGGACCCGAAUCCUUGGGAUAUUCUGUUGGAUGAUGGAAUUCUAUAUAUCUCACAUGACAACAAGGAUACUUCUCGUAUUCUGCGGUUUUCGGCAGAUAACUUCAAAGCUUUGGACCCUUUUCCUAUGGAUACAGGUAAAAGUUGCACUGGCCUGGCUAUCAUUGGAGAUGUUCUGUUUGUUGUGUCUGACGACCGUUUCAUUCUGAAAAUGAAUAAAAACGGACAAGGAAGCUCUGAAAUUAUUUACGAAACACAGUCAAGAGAUUUGCGAUUUCUAAUUUCCCUGGCAGAUGGAAUGCUGGUGUGUAGUAAUUUUACUAAUCAUGCAGUAAUAGCUCUAGAUGAUUUCGGCAAUGAAAUCUGGACUUACAAGCACGGUGAACUAAAGGGAUCUUAUGGGUUAGAUAAGGACCCCCAGAAAAACAUCUAUGUUGCUGGGAUGAACAGCAACAACAUCCACAUUUUGUCUCGAGAAGGGUCUUUGCUAAGGAUCCUAGGAGGUUUGAAUAGUCCGACUUGCAUAAAAUUCAUGAAGGAUUCCUUUACUUGUUUUGUUAUAAUCCAGUCCCAAACAAUGUCUCGAGUGAUGUUAUAUAGAUUUACAUAGCUUUAAAAUAUAUUUUGACUAAAACAUAUUUUGAAUGUAUACGUACUUUGCACCUACCUUUUUAGUAAAUUUCACGGUAUACUCAAAUUCAUUAUUUGUAUAUGCAAACUUUAGUAUAAUUAAGGUCUCGUAUAGUGAUCACUCUUCCUUCCGUCCAUUUCUCCGUCCAAUAACACUUUCUUAGCAAACUUCUCCUUUUGGCCCAAUUUGUCUCACAUUUAAACCACAGAGUGCCGCUUGGUAAUUAUAGUAAAGUGAAUUUGAACCAUUUUCCAGGUUGCAUGUUUAGUAAUAGCAGAUAUUUGUAAACUCGAUAAAUAAGAAUAUGUUAGUCAUAAGUUCGAAUCCCGUUGAGGUUUUAAUAGUUUUAACCUUUCUAGAAAAUUUUAAAAACAGUUUUUUGGCCGAAUAAUUUAAAAGUUGUAAAAUUAUAAAAUAAUGAACGUAUUUUGUUAAAAUGUGGUAUUGUUAAAAUGUGUUCAUAAUUUUACAUUAAUAUUGAGAGAGGUUUCAUACAACCGUAUUUUUGUCUGAGAAAAAUCACUUGAGCUACCAUAUAUAUCCUGUUCAUGUAAUGUACGUUUAUAGUUUGUAUAUCAUAUGAAGAAAUA